AUGGACGACGUAUAUGAUUUGGAUACGAUAGAUGUGGAGCUUGAUGAGUAUUUUAAAAGGAAACCAAUUUUCCGAUGCAAAGAUGAAUUUCUGAACAUUCUCUGUGAAGAAGAUGAUGAUGCAAAUAAUGGUGCUCAACCUCAAAACAAUAAACAAGAAUCGGACUCAGAGUAUGUUCAAGGUAGUGAUGAAGAAGAUAUUGAUGAUGAUUUCGAGUAUUCCACCCACAACCCAAAGGUGAAAUGGAACUUAAAUGAAAUCAGUGCUCUAAAAGGUGGUAGGGGAGAUGGAGUCCCUAAAGCAGAAAAGGUGGUUGAAGAGGUAGUUGACAAUAAAGUCCCUCAUGCAAAUAUGGAGAAUGAAAUACCUCAUGCAAACGUGGAGUAUGCAGAAUCUCAGGCUAAUAAGAAUGAAAGAUUGAUGGAUCAUGAAAUACGUCAUCCAAGUGUGGAUAAUAAAGUCUCUCAAAUAAAGAGUGACAUCUUGAACCUGAGAGCCUCAAAGUAUAGUUCUGAAGAUAUCAUGGAUUAA